AUGAUUCUUAGUUUUAAAGUUGGCACAAUUGCACCAGCAACAAUAUCAGUAGCAGCAGCAUAAACUCACUAUAAUUUCUGCAAUGGAUCAUUUUGUGGAUGAUUUAUGUUCUUCCCUUGAGAAUCUUGUUCAACCCUUUUUAACUCAUGAUGAUGCAGCCCCAAGCAAUGAAGCUGAUCAUGUGUUAGGGUUCACAUUUGCGGAACUAAACUCUGUUCGUGCAAGUGCCAGUAAAGUUAUCUGUUGCGAUUUCUCAUCGGAUGGAAAACUGCUUGUCAGUGGGGGGCAUGAUAAAAAGGCUGUUUUGUGGCAUACGGACACCUUAACGCCAAAAGCUACAUUCGAAGAGCAUUCGUUACUCGUUACUGAUGUUCGUUUCAGUCCAAGCAUGUCCUGUAUUGCAACAUCUUCUUUUGACAGGACUAUAAGAGUUUGGUCUGCUGACAAUCAUCAUGGCUACUCGAUUCGGAAUUUUACUGGGCAUUCUGCUGCCAUAUUGUCACUCGAUUUCCAUCCCAAUAAUGAAGAUAUGAUCUGUUCGUGUGACGGGGAUGGCGAGAUUAGGUACUGGAGCGUCACCAAUGGAUGUUGCACGAGAGUCUCAAUGGGUGGCAUGACUCAGGUGAGAUUUCAGCCCCGUCUUGGCAGGUAUCUUGCAGCAGCAGGCGAGAAUGAUGUAUCGAUUAUUGAUGUCGAAACGCAAACGUGCAGACAGACACUAAAGGGUACAAAACCUGUUAACUAUGUCUGCUGGGACCCCUCGGGUGAGCUACUUGUUACAGUCAGUGAAGAUUCUGUGAGAGUAUGGGCACUCGGUUCUGGGAGCGUAUGGAAUUGUGUACACGAACUCGGUUCGAAUCACAGUAAAUUUCACUCCUGCGUUUUCCAUCCUGUAUACACUUCAUUGCUAGUUAUUGGCUGUAACCAGUCUUUGGAGCUGUGGAACAUGAGCGAGAACAAGACCAUGGCAGUUCCUGCACACGAACGAAUAAUUUCUUCAUUGGCUGCAUCUGCUGCCACGGGUUUGAUUGCUUCUGCUAGUCACGAUCAGAUGAUCAAACUCUGGAAGUAGCAGCAUUUGCUUCAAUGAUUUUCGCCCUGCUGUUAUAUGUUCAACUAUUUUAGUACUGUUAGUUUUAUGGUGUUGGGUAGCUUGGUCUCUGUGGUAAUUUAAGACACAAGGCCAACCUGUCUGUUUAUUAUCCUGGAAAACUGGAUUUUGUAUAAUGAAUUGAAGUGUUUCAGUUGUGAUCUUCCAUUUUUACCUGUAUAUGAGCUUGGAUGAAUUCAAAUGUGUAAUCUCAAGCUUUGUUAA